UCUCUGUCAUUUAAAAGGAAAAAUUGAAGGGCGUAUUUUUCUUUGUAGCGUCGUCGUUCUCCUCACGAGCUAGGGUUUGCUUUUGGAUUGUGUCCGACAUGAGCUCUACUGCAUCUACCAAGGGAGGGCGUGGCAAGGCCAAAGCCACGAAGUCUGUAUCUAGAUCUCAUAAGGCUGGUUUGCAGUUCCCCGUUGGGAGGAUUGCUCGCUUCCUUAAGGCUGGCAAGUACGCUGAACGUGUUGGUGCCGGCGCUCCCGUAUAUCUUUCUGCCGUCCUUGAGUAUCUAGCUGCUGAGGUUCUUGAGUUGGCGGGGAAUGCAGCGAGAGACAAUAAGAAGAAUAGGAUUGUACCUAGACACAUUCAGCUUGCCGUGAGGAAUGAUGAGGAACUUAGCAAGCUGUUGGGAACUGUGACAAUCGCUAAUGGUGGUGUUCUGCCAAACAUACACCAGACCUUACUGCCGAAGAAGACGGGAAAAGGGAAGGGGGAUAUUGGUUCAGCUUCGCAGGAGUUUUGAUUUUUUUUUUUUUUUUUUUUUGACUAUUUGCUGUUAUGUGACUGAAUUUUGGUUUAGCAUUUAGUUGGUUCUUGUUUAUACAGUUUAUCCGUAAUGCACAUCUUUUCUGAAAUCUUUGUAUGUUUAACUCUGGAAAAGUAUUAUGAGAUAAGCAUUUCUGCUCGCUGAAGUGUCAAUGUUUUGCUGGUUGCAUUAUUAUAUGAUUGAUGAUGCUGUUUCAGCUGUAUUAUUCUUGAUUAAUGUCAAUUUUAUAAA